GUGCUCUGAUGGGGAAUCGAACUUCGAUCUCCUGAGUCUUAGGUCGAUGCUCAACCACUGAACCACACCAGCCGGACUGACUUGUAUUCUUGAUGAUGAGACUGUGUCAUCAGUGGAAGAAGAGAGAAGCUCUUUGUGUAUUUCCCCAUGUUGAACUCCCCUUGCCUUUCAACUUCCCACUAGAAUGGAAGCUUUAUUAAAGUAGGGGUUUUGCUCAGGCACCUUGCCCCAUGGUCCAUAGCCUGCGUUACGCAUUUGCUGAACGGGAGAAUGGAGGGUUAUGAACGGGGGAGUAAACGACCCGCGCUGUUGUUGUUUUCACUCCUUUUCCUCUCUCGUAUUUCACUGCUGUCCUUCUGGAAGAUUAGCUCCUGAUGAGCAGAGGCUGGACCUUAGGUUUUUCGAGAAGGAUGCCGCUGUUUCGGUUAUUAUUCUAAUAUGCCACGUGUUUGCUCUUUUCCAGCUUAGGGUUGAUUUCCGACUCCUUUCACAUGUUUUUCGAUAGCACUGCCAUAUUGGCUGGGUUGGCAGCAUCUGUCAUUUCGAAAUGGAGAGAUAAUGAUGCUUUCUCUUAUGGGUACGUCAGAGCAGAAGUGCUGGCCGGUUUUGUCAAUGGGCUGUUUCUGAUCUUCACUGCCUUUUUUAUUUUCUCAGAAGGAGUUGAGAGAGCGUUGGCGCCUCCAGAUGUGCACCAUGAGAGGCUGCUGCUUGUGUCAGUCCUGGGGUUUGUGGUAAACCUAGUAGGAAUCUUUGUUUUCAAGCACGGCGGCCACGGACAUUCUCACGGCUCUGGCCAUGGACACAGCCAUUCCCUCUUUAACGGUGCUCUGGACCAGGCCCACGGCCACGGAGACCAUUGCCAUAGUCACGAACUGAAACAUGGCUCCACGCACAGCCACGACCACACUCACGGACAUGGACACUUCCACUCCCACGAUGGUCCCUCCUUAAAAGAAACGACAGGACCCAGCAGACAGAUUUUACAAGGUGUAUUUUUGCACAUCCUAGCAGAUACACUCGGGAGCAUCGGGGUGAUCGCGUCUGCCAUCCUGAUGCAGAAUUUCGGUCUGAUGAUCGCAGACCCUAUCUGCUCAAUCCUCAUAGCCAUGCUCAUCGUCGUAAGUGUCAUUCCUCUCUUACGAGAGUCCGUGGGCAUCCUGAUGCAGAGGACGCCGCCCGUGCUGGAGGGUGCCCUGCCGCAGUGCUACCAGAGGGUGCAGCACCUACAAGGAGUCUACAAUUUACAAGAACAGCACUUCUGGACCUUAUGUUCUGACGUGUAUGUUGGGACCUUGAAGUUAGUAGUAGCCCCUGAUGCUGACGCCAGGUGGAUUUUAAGCCAAACACAUAAUAUUUUUACUCAGGCUGGAGUGAGACAGCUUUAUGUACAGAUCGACUUCGCAGCCAUGUAAGGAACAAGAAGGAGCUGCUUCUCGGGGGGACCUUUUCCCGGUACUGUACAGUCCAAACAUUGCACCUAGCUUUCUGAGAGGGACCAUCACUACAACACCCAGCCAGGCGGACCAGUCGACCCGCGGCGUCCACGGGGGACCAGAGCUCAGAUCCUGCCCUGGACUUGGGGUCUGGCCCUGUGCUCUCCCCUCCACACCAGGGAUUUCUGAGGUUUCUGGUUUUGUCGCAGGGUGUUGCUUUUCGUUCCUUUGUUUCUCCUUUUUCUUUUUUCAUGUCAAAUGUCCUCAUGCCACCCUCCUCCCAGCCAGCAAGAAAUUCACAUUGUGGGCCUCCAGCCGCCUGGACCGUCUCCAUGGAAGCCGCUAGAAACUGCUGCUCUCAUUCCCACAAAACCAGUGUUCUUAAAAAAAGGAGACGGGAAUCGUUUUAUAUGUAAUGUCACACUAGUUGACAUUCUUUGGUGUAAUCACAUGUUUGUAAAAUUGUUUGUACCUUGCAAACUUAUGAACCAAACCAUAUUGGGUUUUCAAAGUGCCUUCGUCUCAGAAAAUGUAUUUGCCAGCAUAGAAAUUCACCAUCCAAGGCUGUGUGUGUUUUUCUAAACGGAUAUUCUGUAAUCUGCACAAAAUGAGACUUGUUAGUGUACAGAGACUGCCUCUCUGUGUACUAACAGCAGAGGUUAGAUACAUGGAAGUUCUCUUUUCAUUGCUUUAUCUCGUCAAAAAAUAAAAGGUGGUUUUUUUUCUUUUUAAAUCAAAUUCAACUAUCACAUUAAAUUAUUUUGUGGACUGUGUUUCUGAAACUUUGCAAAUGCUUCUGCUAGAGAGACAGUUGUUUUGGCUUACUCCAAACAUUUGCUAGAUUCCAAAUUUCUAUAACAGCUACUGUGUCUGUGACGAACUUCCUCAUAUCUGUCCUUGCUGUCUUCUGUGGAUUCUGUCAUUGAAGGGAGAAGGCAGUAUGGAGGGAAGACAGGUGAUGGUGACGACAUUACUUUGCUUCUCCAUCCUUCAGAUGCUGAGUCUCACACUUGCUCUUGUAGGCGUUGCACAAAUGCCUGGAGCAGCAGCAUUGCAUCUGAACUGUAGGCGGUACAGAGCAGACAUGGGAGACCUCUCCCUAACGUGGGCUUCACCAAGAAGCUCACUUCUAGGUUCCUGUGUGCUUAUUUGAAAAGUAAAGUCGCAGUUUGAGAUGACAGGGGCUUGUCCAGUCUAUUUAAACAUCCUGUUGUAGGAGGAAAUACGGAUCCGGGUGGCAGUUUCCCGCUGUACUUCAUCUUACUACAAUGCGUAUUCCCCUUUCACUUUAAAAUAUUGAAAUUGUCAGGGAAUAAGACCUUGCGGAUGGGAGUGGUUGUUUAGAAUGCAGGUCGAUAAUAAGCACUUUUUCACUGAUGAGGCAGAAAUCACUGUUGAUUUUGUCUAAGAUCUAGUUUCCCUGUUUCUGACCCACGGUUUAUGAACGACACUGUUAGGGAAAUUAGACUACUCUUCAUGCUUUUCUGAGCUCCUGCAGAUGGCCACCAACUGUGGAUUGUCUCCUUUCUUCAGACUAAGCAGUAUUUUCAAAACAAUCUCCUUACUGCCAGGCAAUGCCAGAACUGAGGAUUCCUGCAGCAGGCAGUGCUGAAAGAAACCAGCGUGGAGCUGUUAGGAGGGCAGGUACUCAAGGAAAUGCGCCGAUAUCAGCACUGCUUCCUCGUUGUGUCAGAAGAAUGUCACUUAGAGUCUGCGUCCACUGUCAGGCCUCCCGAAGCCUGGCUGUCCUCUGGGGGUGGGCACAUUAUGGGGAAUGACAUCCAGGUGAAGGCAGGAUUUAGGACCUGCGCCUUUAAAAACUGAUUGUGUGUAAUUGUAUUGACAUUUCACAUAUGGAGAGAAUAUUGUCCUGUACUGUAAAAUGUACCAGUGUUUUGAGGGUCCCACUCUGCCUUUUGCUGAGCCCUCCAUUCCACAUGGAGCUUUGUCCAAGUACACAGCAGUUUAUUUAACAACACUCAAUACCUGAGUGCUCGGGUGUGGGUUUCCUUUGAUGAGGCAUCGAAUGUAGAGUAGCAGUGAUGGGAAAGUAUGAUUUUGCACCUGCCACCUCCUGUCACUUGUCAGGUUGCCAUAAACGUUUAUGCUUUAAUGAAAUGUCUUUAAACCUGUGUGCGCAGCAGUAAAAAAGUUACUGAGAAAAGCACCUUCCUCCUCACUCUUUGGAGCUGCUUUGUCUUAUAAGUGUUGUUGGCCCAGAUGUAUUGCUAAAGUAGAUUGUUUCACUGAGAAAGACUACCUGAUAAUUGUUAUAAAAUAAAUUUAGAGUGUCCCUAUUUUUGGGCUAACCUUUGGGGGGAAAAUUCUCUGAGGAUCUGAGUAUAACUUUGCUAAUCUUUUGAAAACCAAAAUAGUCUCAGAGAACAAAUUUCCAUAGCUCAGGGACAGUUUACCUGGCCAGGUAAGCUUCCCCAAGCAGAAAUAUCUACACUUGUUUUGUGUCUUUUAGUCUAGAUCCUAUUGAUCGAGAGGAAGGGCUUCCCCAACGGUCCUGCUCCCUUGCCUUGCCGACUCCCUGUGAGUGUCUGUGGGACAGGUCGCGUUUAAAUGUAGUUGUGUUCCUCACGGUCAUCCCUUGCUGUCCUCUGCAGAGGCCUGAGGAAGGGUGGGCACAUGUCAUUGUCACUGUGAUCCCCUCGUGUCCAGGCGGCCUCAGAAUUGAUGCCAGUAACCAAAAUACUGUGACUUCUGUGCACUUUGUAAAGCGGCCAGUCAUUGACUCAAGAUGGCUUGGCCAGAGCCCACUGAUGUUUUUCCUACUAUAACCCAUAUAUUAGAUUAUUAAUAUGAGCAUUCUCUUGUGUAAUGCUGGGAUUUAAGAACAAAAAUCUUUCACUGCUUAAUGCAGAAUCUGACAUCCAAGGCGACUGUCCUUCUAAGCAGUCUGUCCUACCUCUCAUUUUCCAGAUGAGAAUGUCAAGCCCAGAAAAGGUGUCCUUCACCCAAGGUCACAGAGAUAAGCAGGGCAAAGCCAAGACCAGAAGCCAGGCCUUCGGACCCCAAGUCAAGAGCUCUCUCUACUUCCCUGCGUAGUAUCUGCCUUUCUGUAAACGAGAUGGAGCAGCCUUUGAAAUAAAGAAUGUCUGAUCUCCA